CUUUCCCUUUCCUACCUACAUAGUUACCCAUUUAUGAUAGGUAAUCGUUUAUCAAAACAAUAAUUCACCUCAGCCAUGGCUACCUCAUCCUCCAUCGGAUGCUCCCCAACUGCCGACGACGCCUUCGGCCCCAUCGUCCAGAACUGCCGUCACGGUUUCGACUUCACCCUGACAUUUGAACAAUGUCUUUUCACAAUCUUGCCGGCGUUGCUCCUACUGCUCGCCGCACCUCUCCGCCUCCGCCACCUCGCCAAACUUCCUCGUGCCGUAUCCGGCACCGCCCUCCGCCUCGCCAAACAGGCCGCCAUCGGUGUUCUUGCCGUACUGCAGCUCGCCCUUGUCGCGCUGUGGGCAACCCACCGAGAAGCGGGCCGCCUACGCACCGUCUCCAUCGUAGCUUCCUGCGCGUCCUUUGCCGCCGCAGUCAUGUUUGGUGGUCUCUCAUCUAUAGAACACGCGAAGAGCCUUAAGCCUUCGUCCAUUUUGAAUAUAUAUAUGCUCGUGUCCCUGGUGCUGGAUGGAGCAAUCCUCCGCACCGUAUGGCUGUCGCACUUAAGCGUCACCAUUAGCGCCGUCUUCUCCACGUCUUUCGCGUUGAAGGCGGUCAUCGUGAUCCUCGAGGCCUGGGGGAAGACGUCGUACCUCGCCGGCGGUCGUGGGUCGUACAGCCCCGAGGAGACUAGUGGCAUCUACAGCCGCGGUCUCUUCUGGUGGCUUACGCCCUUGCUGCUGACAGGGUUUCGUCGUCUCCUGAAGCCGUUGGACCUGUUCGUCUUGGAUGGGUCCAUGUCGACUGCCGUGCUGGACGAGAGAUUCUGGCGUGACUGGAACAAGGCGUCGUCGUUCUCGGCCGCCGUCCAGCCGGACGCAUCACCUCGUCCGAAGCGUCACCGGCUCAUCAGGACCUGCGUCAGUACGCUGAAGUGGCAGUUGCUGGCAGUCAUCCUGCCGAGGAUAUUUCUGUUGGGCUUCACCAUCUGCCAGCCCCUGAUCUUGAAUCGAUUCCUCGACUUCCUACAGAACACUCCCGAGGAUGUCAACUACGGUUAUGGCCUCAUUGGCGCCUACGGCUUCGUAUACCUCGGCAUCUCCGUCUCAUCCAGCUUUUACUGGCACAAGGCUUUCCGAUCCUUGGCCAUGCUCAGAGGCAUCCUGGUUACUGCCGUCUACUCCAAGACGACCGAGUUGCGCGUCGCACCCGGAGACAAUUCUGCCGCGGUGACUCUGAUGUCGACCGAUGUCGAUGUCAUCAUCCGUGCCUGGCGCGAAGUCCACGAGUUCUGGGCCAACACCAUUCAAAUUGCCCUCGCAACAUGGCUUCUCAGCACACAUCUCGGCUACGCAGCCUCCGGUCCCAUCGUGGUCUCCGUCGUUGCUUUGAUCGCCACCGUCUUCUUCGCUCCUGCCGCCCAGAAAUACCAAGUCAUCUGGGUUGAGAAAGUUCAGAGGCGCAUCGGCAUCACCUCAGCCAUGGUUGGCCACAUCAAAAGCAUCAAGAUGUCAGGACUGACGCAAAUGCUUUCAAAGACCCUGGCAGACCUCAGAAUCGACGAGAUGAAGGCGGCAACCCCCUUCCGCGUCAUCGGUGCCAUCACCUCGGCUGUCGCGCAGGUGCCCCUGAUGCUUGCUCCGGUGGUCGCCUUCGCCAUGUACACGGCCAUCGCGGCCAAAACUGGUCAGACUCUUGAUGCCACCAAGCUGUUUGCUGCUCUUUCUUUGAUCAUUCUGCUCGCGAAUCCCCUUUUUUGGAUGUUUGAGGUUGUCUUGGACAUGAGCGCUGCCCUUGCGUGCUUCCAACGUAUCGAGACGUAUCUGACCGAGCCGCCUCAGGUUGAGUAUCGGUCAUUCCCUUCUGACCUACAACCUGGAACGCAGUCCACGGGAUCAUACAGGUCUUCCGAAGACAUCCAACUACAAACUCUUGAGAACAGAGGAGAGCAUGCUUUGGAAAGGAACCCGAGCACAAGGCCUGCUCUUAGUGUACAGGAAGCGUCUCUGAGCUGGAAGGAUGAAGCUUACUCCAUUCUGAGUGGUCUAAAUUUCGACAUACAGAAGGGUCAGCUGGUGAUGCUCGUAGGGCCUGUUGCAUCUGGCAAAAGCACUCUCCUGAAAGGCCUCCUUGGCGAACUACCUCACGUCACAGGGACGGUUGCCCUUUCCAGCACCCGUGUUUCCUGGUGCGAGCAAAGCCCAUGGCUGAUCAACGAGACAGUUCGUAAGAACAUCAUCUGCUUCUCCGAGUUCGAUCUACACCUCUAUCGACAGGUUCUGAAGGCCUGCGACCUCGAGAAGGAUCUCGCCCAGCUCCCAGAGGAGGACCUAACAAUUAUCGGCAGCAAGGGUAUCGUCUUGAGUGGAGGUCAAAAGCAGCGUGUCGCCCUUGCCAGGGCUAUUUAUUCUCGGCCAGAGAUCGCCUUGUUUGAUGACAUAUUCAGUGGAUUGGAUAAUCACACUGCCAGAACCGUGUUCCAGCGCAUCUUCAGUGCCGAUGAAGGCAUGCUCAGGGCUUGGGGAACUUCAAUUGUCCUUGCCACUCAGUCCGUGAGCUUUCUGUCCCGGGCAGACAUGAUCGUCACUCUCGGAGACGGCAAGAUCGCAGAGAUGGGAAGUUUCGAAAAGUGUCGAAACGCAGAUGGCUAUGUCGGCAAUCUCGUUGCGUCGGGACCCCUCAGCCGAGAUGAAGACAAGGCGCAACAAGAGAAGACCGACAAUGACACAACGUCUCAAGUGCUACCAGAGAGUAGGGCCAAGGCGGUCGAGGAGCAAGAAGACAAGCGGCGGCAGCUGGGUGACUGGAGCGUCUACGGCUACUACUUUGGCAGUGUCGGGACCGUCCUCGUCGCCAUCAUGAUAUUCCUCCAAGUGACCUGGGCCUUCUUCUCAACAUUUCCGACUAUUUGGCUAAAGUUCUGGACGGACGCCAACGUCAAGUCCCCAGGACGACACGAUGCCUACUAUCUCGGCAUCUACGCGGCUCUUCAAAUCGGAGGUGUAUUUAGCUUUGCAGUACUCAUCUGGUUCGUACUCGUCCCAGUGGCAGCGAAAUCUGGAAUCAACCUACACCAGAGACUUCUCAAAGCCGUCGUGCAUGCUCCUCUCUCCCUUUUCACAAGCACAGAUAUCGGCUCCAUCACAACCCGAUUUUCGCAGGAUAUCGGCCUGAUCGACCGAAGCCUACCCCUGGCACUGGUGAUUUCUCUUGCAAGCUUCUUCACUUGCAUUGGCAAGGCCUUCCUCAUAGUCUCGGUCUCGUGGUACAUCGUCAUCAGCUUCCCCGUUCUUAUUCUCGUCUUCUACUACAUCCAGCGGGCCUACCUCCGCACCUCCCGUCAGCUACGUCUCUUGGACCUCGAGGAGAAAGCUCCCAUCUACACACACUUCCUCGAGACUCUCUCGGGCCUCCCAACCCUCCGCGCCCACGCCCUCACCCACGCCACUAUAACCCGCUCCCAUGCCCUUAUCGACCGCUCCCAGCGGCCCUUUUACAUCCUCCUCCUCACCCAGCAGUGGCUCACCCUCGUCCUCGACCUCGCAACCGCCGCCCUCGCCGUCCUCGUCGUCGGCGUCGCCGUCCACCUGCGCGCCACCGCAUCUAUUGGCCUCACGGGUGUUUCUCUUGUCCAGCUCAUCUCCUUCACUGAGACCCUCAAAAUGCUGAUCCAGUUCUGGACCUCUCUCGAGACUUCCAUCGGCGCCGUCGCGCGCAUCAAAAACUUCUCCGAGGAGACAGCCGACGAGGUCGAAGACAACCGUCUGACACGGCACGACCGGGCAUUGGAGACGGACCUGAAGAGCGGCUGGCCAGACAGGGGGGCCAUAGAGAUUUGCGACGUUUCCGCGUCUUACGACGCAACCGGCCCAGGCGAAGACGGAAAAACUGCCGCGACGAGAGCCCUGGACGGCAUCUCCAUCUCCAUCCGUCCCGGCGAGAAGAUCGGCGUCGUGGGCCGCACGGGAAGCGGCAAGUCCUCCCUUCUACUCGCCCUUAUGCGCCUCCUGCCGUUGUCCUCCGGGACUAUAUCGAUCGACGGGAGGCCCAUCGACUCUUUGCCCCUCCUGCCCCUGCGGUCGGCCCUCAUUGCCAUCACCCAAGACCAGUUUAUCCUUCCUGGGACGGUGCGACAGAACCUCGACCCCCUUGGCACGGCAUCCGCCGCCGGGGACGCCGCGGUCGAGUCGGCGCUCGCGCGCCUCGGCCUCUGGGACACAAUCCGAGACAACGGCGGGCUGGACGCCGAGUUCGCCGAGGAGGCACUGAGCCACGGGCAGAGACAGCUGUUCUUCUUCGCGAGGGCCAUCUUGAGGAGGCACGUAGGACGGGUGGUUCUCCUAGACGAGGCGACGAGCAGCAUCGACGCCCACACCGAGAAGAUGGUCAGAGACCUCGUCCGCGAAGAGUUCAACGACCACACCGUCAUCGCCAUCGCUCAUCGUCUGGACACGGUCGCCGACUUCGAUCGCGUCGUGGUGCUGGACAAGGGCCGCGUUGUCGAGGUCGGCAACCCCCAGGACCUCUUGCUACAGGCAGAUGGAAGGUUCAGGGAGCUCUGGGAUGCCAGCAGACAGCACGGAAGACACGACGAUGCUUAGUGUCGGGAAAACCUGCCUCGUUCGUUCAUGGAAGAAGACAGCGCGCGUGCUCAGGCCGGAUGGAACGAUUUAAUGUUCUUCCUGAUUUCGUGUUUGUUUUAGUUUUGCCAUUUUUUUGUUGUUUACGUGUUUCUCUGCU